AUGAGUAUGGUGGGAGAGUUAAGGUACUUUUUGGGAUUGCAAGUUGAACAAUCAGCUGAUGGGAUCUUUGUAUCUCAAAGCACUUAUGCUAAGGAGCUUGUACAACGCUUUGGCUUGGAUAAGAGUAAAGAAGCAAAGAUCCCAAUGGGAGAAGAUGACAAACUUUCCAAGGAUGACGAAUGGGAGGAUGUAGAUGAGAGACUAUACAGAGGGAUGAUUGGAAGUCUGUUGUAUUUGACUGCUAGUCGGCCAGACAUAUGUAUGUCUGUAGGGAUCUGUGCACGCUAUCAAGUCAAGCCCAAGAUGUCGCAUUUACUAGCUGUAAAGAAGAUCAUAAAGUACAUCAAAGGCACAUUGGACUUUGGCAUCUAUUAUACCAAGGAUACCAACACCGGUCUGAGCGGAUACUGUGAUGUUGAUUGGGCAGGGUCUGUGGAUGAUCGUCGUAGCACAAGUGGAGGGUUCUUCUUUAUGGGCAACAAUCUGAUCUCAUGGCACAGCAAGAAACAAAACAGUGUCUCUCUAUCAACUACUGAAGUUGAGUACAUUGCGCUAGGAAGCUGUUGCACACAACUUCUCUGGAUGCGAUAA